GCGCAUCUGGAUGUUUUAAACAUACAAAGGAAUUGCUAGAGCAAGCAAAAGGGAAAACGGUGCCGAGAGUUAAGAUGUGCAGAUAAGCAACUGGUGCACUGUGCAGCUAAAGUAACGGAGAGGCAGUGGGGAAAAGCUUUUUUCAAAGAGGAGAGCACAAGUUUAGGCAGAAUGAAGACUCACAUUGGCUGUGGAUUCGUUUUUAAAGUACUGUUCAUCCAAGUGUAUCUUUUUAACAAAACUUUAGGUGCACCGUCACCAAUCAUUAAGUUUCCUGGAGACAGCACUCCCAAAACAGACAAAGAACUAGCAGUGCAAUACCUGAAUAAAUACUAUGGGUGCCCAAAAGACAAUUGCAAUUUAUUUGUCCUGAAAGAUACUCUGAAGAAAAUGCAGAAAUUUUUUGGGCUGCCUGAAACAGGAGAUUUGGAUCAAAACACUAUUGAGACAAUGAAGAAGCCUCGCUGUGGUAACCCUGACGUAGCCAAUUACAACUUCUUUCCAAGAAAGCCAAAAUGGGAAAAGAAUCAUAUAACAUACAGGAUUAUAGGCUACACUCCAGAUUUGGAUCCUGAGACAGUAGAUGAUGCCUUUGCUCGAGCCUUUCAAGUCUGGAGUGAUGUCACACCGCUGAGAUUUAACCGAAUAAAGGAUGGAGAAGCAGACAUUAUGAUUAAUUUUGGCCGAUGGGAACAUGGUGAUGGCUAUCCCUUUGAUGGCAAAGAUGGUCUCCUGGCUCAUGCCUUUGCACCAGGGCCAGGAAUUGGAGGAGACUCCCAUUUUGACGAUGAUGAACUGUGGACUCUUGGAGAAGGACAAGUGGUUAGAGUGAAGUAUGGAAAUGCAGAUGGUGAAUACUGCAAAUUUCCCUUCUGGUUCAAUGGCAAGGAAUACAAUAGCUGCACAGAUGCAGGACGCAACGAUGGAUUCCUCUGGUGUUCCACAACCAAAGACUUUGAUGCCGAUGGCAAAUAUGGCUUUUGUCCCCACGAGU